GCUGCCGUCCGCUCCGCCCGAAGCGCCGAGGAGCCGAGCAGAGAGGCCCGCCGUCCUCCUCCUCCAUGAGGGCCGAGUGAGCGCGGCGGCGAGAGCCGGCCCGCGGCGCCUCCCCCCGCGUCCUCUCCCGAGCGCAGCGGCAGCGGCCCCCGGCGGAGGAGGAGGAGGAGCAUGUCGGACGGUUUCGAUCGGGCCCCAGGUGCUGGUCGGGGCCGGAGCCGGGGCCUGGGCCGCGGAGGGGGCGGGCCUGAGGGCGGCGGUUUCCCGAACGGAGCGGGGCCUGCGGAGCGGCCGCGGCACCAGCCGCCGCCGCAGCCCAAAGCCCCGGGCUUCCUGCAGCCGCCGCCGCUGCGCCAGCCCAGGACGGCCCCGCCGCCAGGGGCCCAGUGCGAGGUCCCCGCCGGCCCCCAGAGGCCUCCCCGGCCCGGGGCGCUCCCAGAACAAACGAGGCCCCUGAGAGCUCCACCUAGUUCACAGGAUAAUAUCCCGCAGCAGAACUUGGAGUCAGCAAUGGCUAAACCCCAGGUGGUUGUAGCUCCUGUAUUAAUGUCUAAGCUGUCUGCGAAUGCUCCUGAAUUUUACCCAUCAGGUUAUUCUUCUAAUUAUACAGAAUCCUAUGAAGAUGGUUGUGAGGAUUAUCCUACUCUAUCAGAAUAUGUUCAGGAUUUUUUGAAUCAUCUUACAGAGCAGCCUGGCAGUUUUGAAACUGAAAUUGAACAGUUUGCAGAGACCUUGAAUGGCUGGGUUACAACAGAUGAUGCUUUGCAAGAACUUGUAGAACUCAUCUAUCAACAGGCCACGUCUAUCCCAAAUUUCUCUUACAUGGGAGCUCGCCUGUGUAAUUACCUGUCCCAUCAUCUGACAAUUAGCCCACAGAGCGGCAACUUUCGACAGUUGCUGCUUCAAAGAUGUCGGACCGAGUAUGAAGUUAAAGAUCAAGCUGCAAAAGGCGACGAAGUGACUCGGAAACGAUUCCAUGCGUUCGUCCUCUUCCUGGGAGAGCUCUAUCUCAACCUGGAGAUCAAGGGAACAAAUGGACAGGUGACAAGAGCAGAUAUUCUUCAGGUUGGUCUUCGGGAGUUGCUGAAUGCCCUCUUUUCUAAUCCUAUGGAUGACAACUUAAUUUGUGCAGUAAAAUUACUGAAGUUGACAGGGUCAGUUUUGGAAGAUGCCUGGAAGGAGAAAGGAAAGACUGAUAUGGAAGAAAUCAUUCAGAGAAUUGAAAAUGUUGUCUUAGAUGCAAAUUGCAGCAGAGAUGUGAAACAAAUGCUCUUGAAGCUUGUAGAACUCCGGUCAAGUAACUGGGGUAGAGUUCACGCAACCUCAACAUACAGAGAAGCAACACCUGAAAAUGAUCCUAACUAUUUUAUGAAUGAACCAACAUUUUAUACCUCUGAUGGUGUUCCUUUCACCGCAGCUGAUCCAGAUUACCAAGAGAAAUACCAAGAGUUACUUGAAAGAGAAGACUUUUUUCCAGAUUAUGAAGAAAAUGGGACAGAUUUAUCAGGGGCUGGUGACCCAUACUUGGAUGAUAUUGAUGAUGAGAUGGACCCAGAGAUAGAAGAAGCUUAUGAAAAGUUUUGUUUGGAAUCAGAGCGUAAGCGAAAGCAGUAAAGAUAAAUUUCAGCACAUCAGUUUUAUAAAGCGGUUUAGGUUAUGGUGAUUUAGCAGAACACAGGAAAAUGUGUCACACUUAUACCAAAUUAAGGAUGUUGAGUUAUGUUACUAAUGUAUGCAACUUUAAUUUUGUUUAACACUAUCUGCCAAAAUAAACUUUAUUCCCUAUAACUUAAAAUGUGUAUAUAUAUAUAAUAGUUUAUUAUGUACAGUUAAUUCCACUGUUUUGGCUGCAAUAAAAUCGAUUUUGAAAUAAAUAAAAUGUUGAAAGUAAAUUUUGGUAGUUGGUUAGAAGCUUACCCUUUAAAUUCUACUUUUCUUGAGGGGAAAAACUCUUAGCCUGGAAAUACAUAUUAUUGCAAAAUGUAGCAUCCUUUUUUAGAUGAGUAUAUAGCUUUCAUUUAGUUUUAUGUUGUCUCAAUGAAUUGGGUUUCAAAUAUGAAUCACAGUCAUGAAAUCUUUAGCACUGAAGUCUUAGACUGUACCAUUAACAACUGAUUUACAUAUCCAGAUGCUAUUCGAUACCAAGGGCUUUUAAAAUAUCAUUAAAAAAAAAAAA